AAAAAAGUGCAAACAAAUACACAUCCGGACAGGAUUUUUACAAUUUAGCGAGCAGUUUGACAAUGGCCCAGGCCAAGGCAAUCCUGAUCGACAGUUCUCAAAGGUCUUCAGCACCCACUCUUGACCGAAAAAACAACUGAAAGGGAGUAGUGGAUCCCACCUACAUGCAUAUAGUUGGUGAAAAGGAAUCUGCUCCUCUGGCAAUGCAAUGGCGAUGCUGUAGGGAGCCGGAGCUAUCUUAUACGAAAAAUUCGUGAGUGGGAUAGUUUCUCACCGUAUACGUUUUUUAAGGAAGGCUCGUGGAGCGGCAAGCGAUCUCACAUCAUUCAUUUCACUGCGAGUGGUCGAGAAUUUAGGCACAUAUGGCCGUCUCCAUUGCUGCCGGCGGACGCGCUUCCGACGCCCAAACUUUGCUGCUCGACGACGCCUUAGACGGCGCCGUCGAUUACAGAGGUCAGCCGGUCUACAGAUCCAGAUCGGGCGGAUGGAGAUCUGCUUCCUUCAUUAUCGGUGUGGAGGUUGCAGAGAGGUUUGCGUACUACGGGAUUGCGUCGAACCUCAUAAGCUAUUUGACGGGGCCGUUGGGGCAGUCCACGGCGGUCGCGGCGGAGAACGUGAACGUGUGGUCCGGGGCGGCGUCAUUGCUUCCUCUCGUGGGGGCCUACGUAGCCGAUUCUUUCCUUGGUCGCUACCAAACAAUUAUAGUUGCAUCUGUCCUCUACAUCCUGGGACUUGGCUUGUUAACCCUAUCAGCCAUCCUUCCUUUUGUCAGUCUUGAAGACUGUCAAAGCAGCAAUGGAACCACGUCGUGCUCUCCUCCUCGACUUCAAGUAAUCUUCUUUUUCGUAUCUCUGUAUGUAGUAGCAGUUGCACAAGGUGGGCACAAGCCUUGUGUUCAAGCUUUUGGAGCUGACCAGUUUGAUGGACAGGACCCAGAUGAGUGCAAAGCUAAAAGUUCAUUUUUUAACUGGUGGUAUUUUGCCUUAUGUUCAGGCACUUUAGUUGCAUUAUCAAUCCUAAACUACAUACAAGACAACCUUAACUGGGGACUUGGAUUCGGAAUACCCUGCAUUGCAAUGGCAAUUGCAUUGGCCAUUUUCUUGCUUGGAACGACAACUUAUCGGUUUAGUAUCAAAAGGGAUGGAAAAAACCCAUUCUCGAGAAUUAUUCAGGUGUUUAUUGUAGCAGCUAAGAAUUGGCGAACAACUACUUCAGCUAUAACCAUAGAAGAGGAAGCCUGUGGAACCUUGCCUUCCCAGGGGUCUCUCCAAUUCAAAUUUUUGAAUAAAGCCUUGCUAGCACCAGAUGGUUCAAAGGAGGAGGGGAAGGUGUGCAGCAGGAGUGAGGUUGAAGACGCCAAGUCCAUAUUAAGGCUAAUUCCAAUAUGGGCUACCAGUUUGAUAUAUGCAACUGUGUUUGCACAGUCAUCAACUUUCUUCACAAAACAAGGAAUUACAAUGGACAGAGCAAUUGGGUCUGGCUUUGAUGUCCCUGCAGCUUCACUUCAAUCCUUCAUCAGCCUCUCCAUCGUUCUUUUCAUUCCCAUCUACGAUCGCAUCUUCAUUCCCAUAGCAAGGUCUUUCACCAGGAAACCCUCUGGCAUAACAAUGCUCCAGAGAAUUGGUACUGGAAUAUUUUUCUCUGUCAUUUCCAUGCUGAUUGCAGCUCUGGUUGAGAUGAAACGACUGAAAACUGCACAAGAACAUGGGCUUGUCGACGUGCCGAGGGCGACAGUUCCCAUGAGCGUGUGGUGGUUAAUUCCUCAGUAUCUGUUGUUUGGGGUUGGGGAUGUGUUCACCAUGGUUGGAUUGCAAGAGUUUUUCUAUGAUCAGGUUCCAAACGAACUGAGGAGUGUGGGUCUCUCCCUCUACCUCAGCAUCUUUGGCGUGGGAAGCUUUCUGAGCAGUUUUCUUAUUUCCAUAAUUGAGAGGGCGACUGGUGGAGAUGGCCAAGACAGUUGGUUUGCAGAUAAUCUGAACCGGGCUCAUCUAGAUUACUUUUACUGGCUACUUUGCGGACUUAGUGCCGUGGGAUUAGUUGCGUUUCUGUAUUUUUCAAAAUCUUACAUUUAUAGCAAGGGAAGUGCCAUUUGAAAAUCCCAACUCCCAUCAUUAAUCUGUGUGUACUUGCAACCGUUGUGUUGGGUUAUAUAUGGACUCUUAUCUAUUAUUGUAUGACCUUCAUAUAUGCAGUUUGAAGUUCAUUAAAUUGUUAAUGCUACAAAGAAUUUCUAUGA